AUGUGCGGCACAUUCAAGCCCACAAAUGCCAUUUCUGUUUCCUACGGGUUGGCAGAGAAGUUGUACUCGGCCAGCUAUCUCAAGCGCCAAUGUGAUGAGUUUAUGAAGCUUGGUCUUCAGGGGACAACCGUUGUUGUUGCAAGUGGCGACGCUGGUGUUGCCGGUAGACACGGCGAUGGCUGCAUUAACGGCGGUUCUGAUCGCCACCACCACAAUACUGUCUUCAACCCGGCCAUGCCCGCCUCUUGCCCCUACGUCACAUCUGUUGGCUCUACCAUCAUCCCUCCGGCAAGAUUGAAGAGUGCUGUCGAGCACUUCUUUGCCAAGCAUGACCCUGGAUAUGCUAGCUUCAACAUCAGCGACAAUGUUAUCCCCGUCCCAACUGAAGGCGUGUACAACCGCAUUGGCCGUGGAUUUCCUGAUGUUGCUGCCCUCGGCGAUAAUGCCGUUAUUGUAUUUAAGGGCGGCGUUAGGCAAAUUGGCGGCAAGUCCAUGUCGGCCCCUAUCUUUGCCUCCAUCAUGAAUCUCAUCAACGAAGAGCGUAUCAAGAAGGGUAAGCGAUCCAUUGGUUUCGCCAACCCCGCCUUGUACAAGAACACUUCCAUGUUCAACGACGUUGUCGUUGGCGACCAACUCGGUACUGAAGGAUCUUGCCACCGCAAGGGAUUUUCCACCGCAGAGAGUUGGGACCCCGUUACUGGUCUUGGAACGCCGAGAUACCCCGAUAUGCUGGCAUACUUCUUGUCUCUUCCAUAAUUAGACGUGUAAGUGCUUUCGUUUUGUGUCGUUCUGUUUCCUAGCCUCCGGAUGUCCUGGGGGUUUCUGCGUGUGUUUGGAAACAACUAAGAGUGAAAAUUGAGAAAACAAAAACAUGAAAGAGUACAACUUGCAGCCUGUAAAUUUGUUAUUUAGUUUAGCUAUCUAAAUAAAUGUACAUACUCAAUACACUGUCCCCUUGACAAAUAGUAACGUGCCUUGCACAGAUCCGCAAUCCGCACUGUAGGUACGCGCCUAUAAUACUGUGCCGCACGC